AUGGCCCAACUCUACGACUGGCUCGUUGAAACCCCGGCCAACGCGGAAGACCUUGAGAGUCGGAUCAACACCCGACCCGCACACCUGGAACAUAACAAGCCUCUCAUUGAAGCCGGAACCCUCGUCUGGGGCGGUCCUUCCCUGGCUGCGCACCCAAAGGCCGCUGGAGAGGACCUUGCAAUUGUUGGGAGCGUGAUGUGUAUUCGCGCUGGAAGUGAAGAAGAAGUGCGCGAGAUGAUUCGCAAUGAUCCCUAUGCGAAGCUUGGGCAGGUAUCAAUAAGAAUGUCCGUGAAAUGA